UAAAGCACCCUUUCUGUCAGAAAGGAUAAAGAGUUGAUGGAAAUGGCAAACAAGCAGUGUAGUAUUUAUGCACCAAAUACUACUAGUAGCAUAAAUACGGGCAUUGACAGUUAUCCAUCAGGGGCUUCCCCGUUUCUUUGUUCAUCAUCAUUAGCAUUAUCAUCGCCAUUAUCUUCCUCUCCUCCUCCUUCAGGUUCAAUGGGCAUGAUUUUUGAAGACAUGAGCUGUUUGUCCAUCAGUCCAAACUAUCUUUCUUCUUCACGAGAUAGCUUACAUGAAGGAAGACCUUGUUGGGGUUUUUCUUUUAUGCCAAAAUGCCUCCUGGAGGAAUCCCAAAAUAGUGAUGUGGGAGAAGGUAAAGGUUCAUCCGACUGCAGUGACGGAUUUGGAGAAACUGGUAAUCAACCCAUUGAUCUUAAUGCUGAUUUAAGUGAAGAAAAACAAAGCAAUAAUCUUCAGGCCGUUGGUAGCAGAGAUAGUGGCCAAUCAAAGCUCUGUGCUAGGGGGCAUUGGAGGCCUGCCGAAGACACAAAGCUUAGGGAACUAGUAGCCCUUUAUGGCCCUCAAAACUGGAAUCUCAUUGCAGAGAAGUUGGAGGGAAGGUCAGGUAAAAGUUGCAGAUUGAGAUGGUUUAACCAGCUGGAUCCCAGGAUAAAUAGGAGAGCUUUUACUGAAGAAGAAGAAGAGAGACUAAUGGCAGCACACAGGCUAUAUGGGAAUAAGUGGGCCAUGAUUGCUAGACUUUUCCCAGGUAGAACAGAUAAUGCAGUCAAGAACCAUUGGCAUGUUGUGAUGGCUAGAAAGUAUAGAGAGCAAUCCAGUGCUUACAGGAGGAGAAAGAUGGGCCAAUUUGUCUGCGGGAGAGUAGAAGAUCACGACCGUAGCUUUGUCAGCAGGAGGGAUGCAAGUGCACACAUCAAAACAGAAUCAACAGGACCUCCUCCUCAUAAUUACACUCUGAUUAAUAACUCCAACGGGACACUACUUGGUAACCUAACAGCUUGUUCGUCAGGAGGAAAUCUUAAUGGCGGUGUAGGUGCUGGUGGCAUUGGGAUUGCUUGUGGAUCAAAUAUUUCACCCCACAUGGCAUCUGGUGGGGAAGCAGUACUAAGCAAUAUCGUACCCUCUCGUCACACUGGAUUUUGUUCAUCACAACAAACAUCCUGUGACAUCUUUCCUGGAAACUGCAGCAAUGGGAUGAUGAGCAUUUUCAAGCAAGGCAGGCCUUGGGAUAGGCCAAGAGAUGAAUCCAACGUCUCAUAUCUGUGUCAUCAUCCCGUGCAGCAGCAGAUUCACCAUCCUCUUUUAAUGACUGCAAUGCAACAGUCACAACACUGCCAGUACCACCACCCUCCUAGCACCAGCACCAGCAGCCUCUCAUCAGUAGAUUAUUACCAUAACACUAGCACAGGAGGAGGAGGAGGAGGAGGAGGAGGAUCAAUAUCAAUACCACCACAAGUUUCAUCACUACUCACUACUACCACUGACCCUGCAUCAUCACCACUCACAGAAGACAGAAUAACCAGCCAAUACGAGACCCUUUCCCCACCAUUUAUAGACUUUCUCGGGGUUGGAGCCACAUGAAGUUAAAAAGCCAAUGAAAGCUCAAAAUGGUUUACUCAAUCCCUAGAGAAGAGGAGAAGAGGAUCUUUCGCAUUGGUCAUUACUGCUACUACUAGACCAACCCUGGCGGGUUUUCAUUACUA